UUUAUGACGUUACACGAGCCAAAUAUAACUAAUCUCCAUCCAUCUGAAGAAGCCCAAAUCAGUCAGAUGGAAACGCGUGUUCCAAGUGAACAGACGAACAUGCUAAAUGGAGAGAGGCCAGAUGUUUUCCACAAUGAGUACGCUCAGCCUGAAGAUCUCGAUAGACACACAGAGAUGAUGGCUCCUGCGGUUGAUGCACGUGUUUUUGAAAGACAGGUAUGA